GGUGUCCAUAUCUUUGGCCUGUGUGUGACAGCACUGAUAACAGACAUUCUUCAGCUAUCCACUGGCCAGCAUACUCCCUAUUGGCUGGAUGUAUGCAAACCUAACCUGACCCACCUUAACAUGUCCACCUGCGAUGAAGCGUUUAUCCUAGAGGAUAUCUGCUCUGGACAGGACAUAGGACUCAUCAAUGCUGGCAGGAAAUCUUUCCCCUCCCAGCAUGCUACGCUGGCUGCCUUUGCUGCUGUCUACAUCUCAGGUGUGUAUGCCGUGGGGAAUUUCCAGCCUAGUGAAGAUUGCUCCGGGAGUACACAACCUGCCCCCAUACUGAGAGAGCCACCCCUCUCCUCCUUGCCCAAUGUCAGCCAGUCAGCAAUUGGCAACAGCCACCAAGGCCACCACACACUGGGUCCCAGCCAACCAGAACCUAUUAUUACAAGGACUUCUUCCCACCCCUUAGUCCCAGAGCAAACAGGACCCAUGCUAACGCGUAGCGCCUCCUGUCGAGAGCCGUCUAUGACCAAUAUGAAGAGAGCCAGUGCUGAAGUGGAGGUGAUAAGUCCGUCCAGUCCGUUAGGCAACCGUGACAACAUGAUGACCUUCAGCAGCAGCACACUGCCAAGAUCCCACGGAGGUUCCUCGCUGGAGGAAGGUCGUAUUCCACGGCGUCACGCUUCCAUCCACGCCUCGAUGGACUCAACCCGGUCCAAACAGCUGCUCAGCCAAUGGAAGAACAAGAACGACAACAGGAAGCUGUCUCUGCAGGUGAUAGACGGUAUCAGGCCAGCCUCCUCUUCGUCUCCUCAGAGGAACAUGGAGCUGCGCUGCUCCUCUGAGCCGUCUGCCAUGGGUCUGGAGGUGGAGCUCCGCGGUGGGACCCACCUGCCUAUAGCCACAGGCCAGGAAGCUGAGCUGCGUGCUGGGGCGCACAUCCCAGUUCAGUACAUGAAACUAGCAGCUAGCUCUGUUCCUAUGGCCAAUCAUAAUCAUCUGUCCCAUAAUGGGAGCACUGCAGUGACUGGUGGGGCCAGAGUAUCUAUCCAGUCCCGACCUGGAUCCUCUCAGCUAGUUCAUAUCCCAGAGGAGGAAAAUCCCACCAGCAAGGAUCAGGAGAGUGAAUCCGAGGACAGCAUCAUGGACGGGGGUGGGUCAGUGAGAGAAAAGUGGCUGAGAGUGACGGAGAAGACCACCAUCCCUUGCAGGCCUCUCAGUGCUGGAGGACAGCCACGUCUCAUGCAGGUUUGUAACUUCUUUGACUUCUUUCUUUAAACGUCAGAACCAGGACAGUGGCGUGUAGCAGGGUAGAGCUGCAUUAGUCCAGGCAGGAGAUCACAAGCACCACAGACGCCUUCCUACAGGAAUCUACAGGGACUCAUUUGAACAGCAGUAUGGUUGCUGUUGACUGACAGCUCUUAAUGCCAUCCUUUACUUGUAAUAUACGUUUGUCCACGCUUCAGUUGAUGUUACCUGGCAGGAUACAGUGUGUGCUUCCUCCUCAGACCACAAGGGGAACGUUUGUCUGUUACAGUCUUCCAAACCAUCAACGUGUCUUUUAGACCCCAUUCCUACA